UGACACUUUAGUCCUAUCAUGUCAAAUUUUAGCUUGCCCACCCUCCAUAGACAUACUCUGAAACUGGAAGGCGAAACGACCAUGAUCUCGCAGUUCUUCGUGCUUUCGCAGAGAGGCGACAACAUCGUCUUCCGCGUCUACCGUGGUGAUGUACAAAGAGGAAGUGCAGAGAUUUUUUUCCGCAAAGUUAAGUUUUGGAAAGAGGAUGGUGAAGAGGAGGCACCACCUGUCUUUAACGUUGAUGGUGUGAACUACUUCCAUGUGAAGGUUGUUGGAUUGCUGUUUGUUGCAACCACGAGAGCCAAUGUGUCACCUUCUCUUGUCUUGGAACUUCUACAGAGGAUUGCACGUGUCAUCAAAGAUUACCUUGGAGUUCUCAAUGAAGAUUCAUUUCGGAAAAAUUUUGUGCUUGUGUAUGAGUUGCUUGAUGAAGUUGUUGAUUUUGGUUAUGUGCAAACAACUUCCACCGAAGUCUUGAAGUCCUAUGUAUUUAAUGAACCAAUUAUGUUUGAUGCUGCACGCUUACCAACCCUUGGCCCUGCGGCAAUCUUUAUGCACGGGAGCAAAAGAAUGCCAGGGACAGCUGUCACAAAAUCUGUUGUAGCAAAUGAACCUGGGGGUCGGAAGAGGGAGGAAAUUUUUGUGGAUAUAAUUGAGAAAAUAAACAUUACAUUCAGUUCUAGUGGAUAUAUACUGACUUCUGAGAUCGAUGGCACUAUUCAAAUGAAGAGUUAUCUUACUGGCAAUCCAGAAAUCCGAUUAGCCCUCAAUGAGGACCUGAGCAUAGGAAGAGACGGGAGAUCAAUCUAUGAUUAUGGUGGUUCCUUUGGCUCUGGACCAGUGAUUCUAGAUGAUUGCAAUUUCCAUGAAUCUGUAAAUCUUGGUAGCUUUGAGAUGGACAGAACUCUGACUUUGGUGCCACCAGAUGGUGAGUUUCCUGUCAUGAAUUACCGGAUGACCCAGGAAUUCAAGCCUCCUUUUCGUAUUAACGUUUUGAUUGAAAAAGCUGGCCCACUUAAGGCUGAAGUGAUUCUGAAAAUACAUGCUGAAUUUGCCUCUACCAUUACUGCAAACACUAUUCAAGUGCAGAUGCCACUACCAAUGUAUACCUCUAGAGUCAGUUUUGAGUUGGAACCUGAGGCAUUUGGACAAACGACUGAUUUCAAGGAGUCAAAUAAGAAAAUUGAAUGGAGUCUAAAAAAGAUUGUUGGUGGAUCUGAACAUACACUUCGUGCAAAGCUGACAUUUUCACCGGAAUCACAUGGAAACAUCACAAAGGAAGCUGGCCCAGUGAGCAUGACCUUUACAAUACCAAUGUAUAAUACCUCAAGGCUUCAGGUGAAGUACUUGCAGAUAGCAAAGAAAUCCAAAACUUGCAAUCCAUAUCGAUGGGUGAGAUAUGUUACCCAGGCUAAUUCUUAUGUUGCCCGUAUAUGAUAGAUGGAAGCAACUCUCUUUGUUGUCUUUAUUUUUUAUAUUUCAUUCUUUAUUUCUUUCUUUUGCCUCAAAUUUUUUUAUAUUUUUUCUUGAGCUAAAUCUUAUGUUUUCAAUUGAUUUUUUAAAAAUAUGCACGCUAAAUAAAUUGCAUAUAUCCUCAUACUGUUUCAUUUCUCUUUUUAGUUUUUCCCUUAAGAACUAUAUCUUCCACAUUGUUGCAAUGAAUAUAACUACAUAUG